UAUGUAAACUCACUCUCCAUCCCUUGCAAGCUUUGCACAGCAUUUGAUCUCUCUGGAAAGAAAACGGAGAGGGAUAUAAUCCAGGAGAAUGAGUCCAAAUACUUGCUGGCUUUGCAUGACAUUCAGAGCAGAAGAAAAUGGGAUCAUUUCUAAGGUGUCUUUGGAUGAAGUGCUACAGUGGUCCCAGUCUUUUGAAAAGCUGAUAACAAGUAAACAUGGACCAAUGAUCUACAAGACCUACUUGAAGACAGAGCACAGUGAUGAAAACAUAGAAUUCUGGCUUGCUUGUGAAGCUUAUAAGAAGAUCACAUCACAGAGAAAAAGGAUUUAUGUGGCCAGGAAACUUUUUACAAAUUACAUUCAACCCCAGGCUCCAAAAGAGAUUAACAUUGACAGCCCAGUGAAGAAAUCAAUUGUGAGGAACCUACAGGAACCAACAGAGUCCUGUUUCGAUGAAGCACAACGAGUAGUUUACAUGCAUAUGGAAAGAGAUUCCUACCCUCGAUUUCUUGAGUCAAAGUUCUAUCAGCAGCUCAAAUACAGACUCCGAACUGAUAACAAUAUUCCAUCAGUAUGUUAAAGAGAAAGGCUGAAAACUUCCUCCUCUAGACAGCUUUUCUAAGACUUAAAGUAAACAAAAAAAAAAAAAUCACAAUACAUUAAUAUUAAUAAUCCUCUGUUAGACUGCUCUGCUGAUCUCAGAAUUGAAGAACUACUUUCCCUCUUUUCCCAUGUCUUUUCCCCCCCCCCUCUCUUCUCACCAAAACCCUGAAGUGAUAAAUAAAGUCUAUAGAUUUUCAGUCAAAAAAAAAA